GUGGUUGAUGGUGAUUCUCGGGUGAUCCUGGAUCGAAGGCAUCACUAAUCGGAUCACCACUAAUAAAUUAAAUAAAAACAAAGCGCAGUGAUCCGGAAAUUGAAGGGAGAAAAGGCGUCCGUUGUGCACCACCCGUGACCGUGACAAGGUUAUGCGACAAGUUUACGCGUUAGUUUGAUAACCGAGAUGCUGAAGACGCUCGGACUUGGUCACAGCCUCUGCCGGGUCUGUCGCGAGUCCAGGGAUCUCGUGACGCGAGUGCAGAGGCGGCCGUUCCUGUCGGAGGCGUAUCGCUGCGAGGAGGCGUGGAGCCGCAGACUGGAGUCGCCGCUGCUGCAGAGGAUCGACCCGCGGACGAUGUACGUCCAGCUGGACCAGAAGUACGGGAACGUCGGCAAGGUCAGCGCCGUCGACGUCGACAUCUUCGUCAACAGCGUCACCGACGGCCAGUACGUCGACGAGGUGAUCAAGAUCCUGCACAAUCUCCGGCAGUCCGUGGAAGCGACGAGUAUACUGGACUCCACGCACCACGCCGCGAUACGGUACCUGCUGCGGCACGACUACGUCCAGGAGCUGCACGAGGUGCUGAACGACAGGCUGAAUUACGGCAUCUUUCCCGACCACUUCGACUGCAACGUGCUGAUGGACCACUUCGCGAAGAGGAAGGAUUACGCCUCCGCCGCGAAAGUGGCGAGCUUGGUGAUGCUGCAGGAGGACUCGGAUCAUCCCGUCACUAACGCGCUGUGCCUAUACUCGUGUCACAGAUAUCUGGAAAAUACCGACGAUUGGAAGAAACCGGAGCCUCCGCCGGCGGACACCUCGGAGGAAGUGAAGGUACGCGUGCCGUACCUGAGAAAUCCGUACUUCGACGAUCAUUUCGAUCUCACCGAUCCACGAGAUCUCGUCGGCAAGACCCUCAGCUUUCUGGGGAAGCAUCGGGCGGACGCUACAGGGAGAACUUGCCAGUUGAGGGGCCUGAUAUUGUACAAGAAGUACGACGAUGUAUUAAGCUUAAUGAAAAAAUGGUCAGAGACGAUGCGGGACAAGAUAGUUUACGAAGAAGUGUUCGAAUUAAUAUCGAAAGAUAACAGUGGGCUACAAGAUCAAGAUGCUGAAAAAUUCAAGCUUGUGGAGGCCCAGUUGUCCGUAUUGAAGGAGAAAAAUAAUCUUAAAGGAAGUUUUACUGAAGCAUUAGAGGAUCUUGUUAAAGCGGUUGUAAACGAGGAAGCUGAGAAGGACAUCUCUAAACAGUGUCAGACUUAUCUCGAUUGGGAACGCGAAAGAACGUCAGUAUUAGAAGCGCAAAUGAAAGCGAUAGAUCGAGAAAGGAGAAUUAGUAAUAUAGAGAAGAUAAAGAAGGACUUGGAAACGAAAGAACAACUCUUGACGUUCUUCGACAAGGAGGAAGAAAUCGAAUUGCAAAUAGAGAAGAUAGAGGAGGACGAACGCAGAGAGGACGAGCGUAUUCGUGCCAUGCCCCACAGCGCAAAGAAAUUAAGAAAAUUAGUUACUACAGAGUCCUACAUACCACCGGACGUUAAAAGUAAGAGAUAAAGUGUACUAUGAAAUAAAGUGGUAGGACGUAUAUGUAUACAUAUGUAUAAAGGAUCGAAGAACAAAAAAGUCAACAGGACCAUUAUCUUAUUGUACUUUGAUAUUAUACGUGUGACUUCUUUCACACAUACUUAUUUAAUGAAAAUAAUUUUCAAGGAGAGUAUGUAUAAAAAAAAUAUAAAACGUUGAUUUUA